AUGAGCAGUAUCGUCUUAGCAGGCUUCUUGGGUAAUCCUGGCACAGGGAAGACCGUGGUUGCCCGCAUCGUUGGUGAGAUGAUGGUGAAGAUGGGUGUGGUGACCAUGCCAAAAGAGCAACAGGAGAAGCUUGAGGCUGAGGCGAAGAACCGCAGCAAAGAGCUGGGUCACGAAGUGCCCACUGAGCUCGUCUUCCGCGAGGCCAGCCGCGCAGAUUUGGUGGCGCAAUAUUUGGGGCAGACAGCUCCUAAGGUCGAGCGUGCAGUCGAAAAUGCCUUGGGCGGUGUCCUUUUCAUUGACGAGGCAUACGCGCUCGUGCGCGAGGGAAAGGACACAUUUGGUCAAGAGGCGGUGGACACGCUGAUCAAGGAAAUGGAGGACAAGCGCAAGAAUAUCAUUGUCAUCCUGGCAGGCUAUGAGUCGGAAAUGGACACCUUCUUCGACUCCAACCCUGGCUUCAAGUCACGAGUUCCAUUCAGCUUCCGUUUCGAGGAUUACAGCUGCUCAGAACUUGGGCAAAUUGGCAACCUCGUGCUUUCUUCGCAGGGUCUCUCCGUUGCGCCAGUCGUCUCAUCUCAGCUGGUCGACCUGAUCUCCUUCGCGAGCGGCUGCUGCAAUGACAUCGCAGACCCCGAUUGCCAUCCAUCCCGGGACAACGGCAACGGCCGCACCGUGCGGAAUGUGGUGGAG